AUGUUUUCCGUUGCCUUCCGGAACAAGGCAUCCCAUGCCCUCUGGCGAACCAGCCGCACAAUCCCUCGCCAGUCACAUCUUGUAUCUAUAGCCAGCGCUGCCGCCACCACAACCCACAGAGCUGCCUUUGCUUACCCAGCUCGACACUGGCCAUCGCCCUCAUCCCUCUCAUACUCUACAUCUUCAUCAAAUAGCCAAUCGAGCGCCGAAUCCGACACUACUGCUGCUACCGACGAUGCCAGCUCCACACGAUCCAAGUCGAAGAAGGAGUCGGCGGGCGGAAAGUACAACCUCUACGGCGACGAAUGGGAGGACUCGGUCGACUUCACCAUUAAGUCUUUCGAAGACCUCCCCCAUCGAAUGUUUGGUGUCAAUCAACACAUGAUAAUUAAUUACGAGCUCAAGGAGGCCCUCCGUAUAAUGCUGCGCCAGUUCAAUGCUCCCAUUGUCUACUGCUUUGCCUAUGGAUCAGGCGUCUUUCCCCAAGGCGACCUAGGCCGCAGCAUCAGUGAGGCCGAAUUUCGCUCAGUGCACCCGAAACCACCGCCAGCAUUGGUGAAGGCACAGAAGGGAUCACCCAAGAUGAUUGAUUUCAUCUUUGGUGUCACACACACUCAGCACUGGCACUCGAUCAAUAUUAAACAGCACCGCAACCACUACUCCGGCAUCGCGUCGCUAGGCUCCGGUCUUGUGUCUUCCGUGCAGGACAUGGGCGCUGGAGUCUACUUCAAUCCGUACAUCGAGAUGAAUGGUAUGCUGAUCAAAUACGGCGUCACCAGUAUCGAAAACCUUGUCCGCGACCUCUCCACAUGGGAUAACCUCUAUCUCGCUGGCCGGCUGCAAAAGCCUGUCAAAAUCCUCCGUGACCACCCCCAAGUCCGUCUCGCAAACCAACAUAACCUCAUUGCUGCACUACGAACAGCAAUGCUCCUGCUGCCACCCGACUUUACCGAAUCCGAGCUAUAUGGAACCAUUGCCGGGCUCAGCUACAUGGGAGACCCCCGCAUGGCGCUGCCGACAGAGAACAAAAACAAAGUCUCUAACAUUGUGAAUAACAACAUGGUUCACUUCCGCCGACUCUAUGCGCCGUUGGUUAAGACGCUGCCCAAUGUGGCAUUUACCGGCCAGUGCCGACUGGACGAUGAAAACUGGGUGCUCGAUGAAGAAAGCGACAACCGUCUGCAGCAAGACAUGGAUCCCGUGAAACGAGGAAACAUGGUUCGUCGUUUGCCGAAAAGCUUCCGUUCGCGACUCUACUUUCAAUACCAAAAGAAGUUUGCCAUCCCUCGCGGCGAAUUUAACCAAAUGAUGCAGGCAGCAGCGGAUGAUGCCGCUACAUCAUCAUCUACAAAGCGUCGCCUAGGUGGCGAGUUUGAGCAGAGAAUUGCUAGAGACGAUCCAAAAGAGCUCCAAGGCCUAGUGCGCCAAGUCAUCCGACAAACCGUCAACUGGCCUAGCACAACACAAAGCAUCAAGGGCAUCAUUAUGGGUGGCUGGAGCCGAACAGUGCGCUAUAUGAAGGAGAAGUUUGAGAAAUGGGGUCAGGGAAGAAAAAAGGAUAAGGAAUCCGCAAAGUCUAGCGGCGCAAAGUCGGCGCGCGAGGUCAAACCGGAGAAGAGCGAAAAAGACUCUGACUCUGGGCUGUGA